AUGGUACGUGUGGUGGCUUUGAGAUGGCAGUUUUUCUGGUCAGAGGACUGGAUGUGGAGUGUGCUGGAUGUUUUCAUCGUGGUGACGUCCUUGUGGGAGGUCGCCGUCGAUAUUAUAUCGAUGGUCUAUCAAGAGAAUGGAGGUAUCGACUCAAUCUCCGGGCUGACGAACAUGAAGUCAUUCCGGAUUAUCCGACUCACUCGACUGCUCAAAACCGUGCAGUUCGUGCGGAUCUUUCGCUUCGUCAUGGCCCUGCGGAUGCUUGUGACGUCGAUCAUCUCCACUCUGAAAGCACUUUUUUGGGCACUGAUUCUCUUGGGCCUCAUCGUCUAUGCCCCGGCCCCGGCACCAGAGACUUUAGAGAAGGAGGGAGGUUUCACAUGCAGCCUGGUGUCGGAAGCCGAGGGUGCCGAGGGGUAUCGCUGGGGGUGUGAGUUGGGAGGAGGCGGUGACACCUUUAGACAGGUGUUCUGUCAAAGCGCUAUAGAGAGCGCCCAAAAUGACCAUGCAAUGGUGGUUCAGUCCAUGAUGGAUAACAAGAACGCGCACUUGACAAAGAUCAAAGCGCUCUUCAGCGAGAUCGGUGCAGAAGAGAGUGGCGUGCUCACCAUUGGUGUCUUUGAAGAGAAGAUUAAAACUCCAGCGGUGCGCCAGUAUUUCGAAGCAUUGGGCUUGGAUGUCUGGGACGCGUGGUCAUUUUUCAAGCUGCUCGAUGUAGAUGGAGGUGGUGCCGUCGAGAUCGAAGAAUUCUUCUUAGGAUGCUUAAAAUUCCGGGGCGCCGCCCGGUCGAUGGAUGUGGGUAAGAUCCUCCAAGAUCAGAAAUGGAUCAUCAACAACCAAGGCCAUGGAGUCGAACAUAGGGCUCUGAGUAGUUUGAGUAUUCCUAUAUAUUCCCGAUAUCUAUCGUAUAGAGUUCUCCUCGCCCUAUUCUGA